AAAAGCCGGCCUUGCCCGACUAUAAUGUUCUUUCUUUUUUUUUCUCUUAUUUUUUAGUUGCUUUUGGAUAAAAAGACACACAUUACUUGCACAUAAUUUUUUUAACAUCUGCCUUUUUGGUAGGAAUAUUAACGACUUUCACGCACAUGUUCGUAAAGUGAAGACAUUGAAGAGACAUUGAAUCAUUUAAUAUGUUUUCUUAAUGAUGAAAUACUUUCAGCUUUUUCUUAGAGAAAAAUAUGUUAUCAUACUUUUUGCAUAUAAUCCGUCAAAAAAGUGGAGGUUCGCUUUUUUAUAUAACUAAUACGAUUCUCAUCUCCCUCGUUACCUGUUAAGUAAAACAAGAAAAGAUAAUAAUAGUAGGACUCAUGAUGGAGGGUCUAGCGCUUUAGUUGCCUAGAGCCCUAAAGAGAGAAAGGGCAGAUGUUUCGAUCUCAGGUAUUUUUCUCUCGCGAAGUCAUAUAAGUGGUAGUUAAGAAACUAAAUCGUUGUUAAUCAUCUGUUAAAUAAUUUCUUUACUUCCUUCAAUGCGACAGAUGACAUUAUGUUAUGUCUAUUUUGCUAGUAAAAUAUGACUCAUGAGUCGGUUCGAAGAGAAGCGAAACUCAAUCAAAUUGCUGUCAAACUCGGUUUUUAUACAUACAAGAUGAUUGUUGCUAAAUAGAGAAGGGUUGUUCAGAAUAGAUUAAUUGAAUGAUGUAAGUUGCUUACCAUUGUGGCGGUCAGAGCUGGAAAAAUGUAUCUGUCACUGACAGCAGGGCGGGAGAUAAGAAGCUUAAAGCAUGAUAGCUACAUAACAAAUUUAAAAAGCAAUAUGAUCCGCCCACGUCCCUAAUGUCUAUAAGCAAGAAAUUCUAACUUAUAACCGGUGGCAGACUAAAAUUGGUACGUACAUCUAUCAGGACCACCUCAAGAUGAAACGGAAAAAAAAAGCUCCGAGCAUUCGGCAAAAUGCCGCGACUUACAGUUACACGCAUUGGAAACAUUUAAAUAAAAGUUUGUAUGGCAAUAAUAGAUAAAGCUUCAGCUUAAGCUACUGAACCCACUCGACAACAAACUAGUUUAUAAUGUUCUUGCUAUUUUUCCUCGAGUGAAUAUUUUUACUUCCAAGUGAAUGCAAUCCUCAUGCUUGGCUGUGUAUAAAUUCGAGUAUUCGGCUUGGGUAUUGAAAAUCCUAACAAGAAAUUGGUGUGCUGAAGUCUCAUGGCAUUUAUGUGGUUUGAGGCGGAUAUUUCCGGCCAUUAUUAUAGGGUAACCAAAAUAUAAUAACCGAAAUAAGUUAAAACUCAAUCAUCCAUUGUUGAUUUGCUGAAUUGCACAAGAAGAAGAAGAAGAAGAAGAAGAAAAAGUUAGAACAUUACAACCGAGCAUUGAAUACUUUACAUCUGUAAACGUCUGUUUUGACAAUAGGCAUUAUGUGGUAAGUUGUCGUGUGACUGAACCAAUCCGAACCAUUUUCGGCGGUGAUUGUCAGUGCGUCAAUAUGUCAAAAAUUACCACCCGUAAGAAGCCAAGAAUACACGCAGCAUGCAGGAGGACGUACAUAGAAGACAGGAACGAUUCAGAAAAUGAUUCUGAAAGUAAAUAUUUCUUCUAUUUCCACCACUUCUGGAUGUUUUCGAUAUAAGCAUUCGGAGUGUAGGGUGUAAAGUAUAAAGGUUGAUUUUGCCUUCGUCAAUCGAUCAAAUGCCAAAAUAAAAUAGAAACUGAUGUCACUGGUAGGUCUUGUUUUGCGUAUUACCUUUGAUAUAGUUAUCACAGCAAUUGAAAGUAUCAAAAAAAUUUUCAGUAAUAUAAAAAGUUUACGAAAAAGGAGGAGAAAUGGGCGAUUCGAAGAAAAAAGUUGCAAAAAAGAUGAAUAAUAAGAAUAUUUCAAAUUUAGAUAAAAAGGCGAACGCAGUGACCAAAGAGACGAUUGAGUUGCCUUUUAUACCGAAAAAUUUCGCAAUCAAUUCUUGUCAACAGAUGGACGUAAAUUGUGCUCAAUCAAGCGUCAAGGAGGGAAAUGUGUCACCAAUUCGGAAGGAGUCCGAUGUUAAGUGCUCAGGUUGCGAGAAUAUGGCGAAAAAUUUUUUGUAUCUUCAAAGUUUAAUAAGUACGAACUACGUUCCGAAUAAACGAUGCGAUGUUUGCUACUCGGCGCUGCAGUAUUUGCAAUACGUAAAUGAAAAUCUUGUAAAGGUGUUUGGGAAUUUCGACUCAGUUGCAGAAGCGGGAAAAGCUUUUGCUAACCUUGGCAAUAACUGUGAGAAGCAGAAGGUAGCUAAGCCAAAGUCUCGAUUACCUAAGGCCAGGUCAGUGUCAGCGAGUAUGAUGGUUAUUAAAGCUGCUUCGGUAAAGAAACCGCCGACAAAGCAGCCGGCAAAACCAAAGAAAGCCGUGGCAACGAAAUUGCCGGAAGGUAACUUAAUUCUGAAGACAAGACAUUUCUCUAAACUCAACGCAAAAAACUGUAAGAACCGCGUCCUCAUCACUAGAAAUCAUGGAACCAACUCAAACUUAAAUCAAACUCAAAAGCUUAAGCGAAAAUGAAACUAAAAAAAAACUUUGGGACUCCUAGUAUUAACGGUGGGGAAGGCUUUAAAAUGAAAUUGUACGUUCUUAGUUAGUCCUGUUUUGAUAUAAUCUCUUUUAUCGGCCUUAAAUAAAACCUUCCUUUUUUCCACUUUUUCCAUUCUUUUUUUUUUUUCUUAAUUUUCACUCUCUGAGUAAUUGAACAGGGGGCGCUGUAAAUGGCGUCCAGAUAAAUUUCUAUUUUUUGGCGAAAGUUUAUUCGGCAAAUGAUAAAAAUUUACUUACGCCUUGAAAGUGAAAGGGCGUAAUCGGAGUUAUUUUGUGGUAAUUGUGGAAUCAAAUUCAGGUUCGUAAUUAAGGGCACAACUCAUUUUCAAAUAAUAUACCUUCAUGAGCUUUGACGGAUCGCCUCCGUAGCAGGCCCAUAAAUACCUAGCUUAGUUGACGCCGAGUAAAUGCGCGCCUUUGUUCCUUUUCUUUUUAUACCCAUCAUAUAAGGAUGAGGGGUAAAUUUACUUCGUUAACACAACGGCAACGCCCAGAAGGAAGCAUCUGAGUAUGUAUCACAAAGUAUAUAUAUACUGUUGAUCAGUCUGUCCGUCUGUG